GCGCCAGGCGACGCGGCAGCGGCGCGGGGAACACGAAUGUUUUGGACCCGUCGAGAUCACCGCCGGUACGGGAACGACGAAGGAGGUCGUGAGAUGUUCGGCUCAGAGCUGGGCGACGUGUACGACCGCUUGAACCAGCUGGCAGAGGCUGCGCGGAGGCAGCAGAAGCGCGACCCCUGCACAGCAGAGGCGCAGACCUCGAGGGGUGCCGAUUCGACUUUGCAGCCCGAGGAACUGUCGACCUUGGUAGGAGAUUUGGAGAAGCGUGAGAUGGCCACCGACGGGGGCUGCACGAAGCAGGUGAACAGCGCCUUGGCCGCGUUCGACCACAUCGUCAGCGAGCUUCCGGAGGCGCGCGAGGACUGGCCCGUUGCUCCCACGCUUCUGUACAACACGGUCCUGAAGGCUAUGGCGAACCGCGGCGAUCAGAGUCGCGCGCGUGAGUGGUACGACCGCAUGCGCAAGGACGAUAUCAGGAUCAACUUUCAGACGUUCGGAAAGUUGAUGGAGGCAAGCAUGAAGGCGGGCGACGACGCCGAGGCCCUCCGGUGGAUGUCUGCCAUGGAGGCGGCGGGGUUUCCUCCACAGAGCAUCAAUCACGCGAUGAUCGUGGACGCACACUUGAGGAACGAGCAGCCGAUCAAGGCCAUGACGUACGUCGAGGGGGUGCUCGAGGCCGGCUUUCCCCGCGAUGCCGUGAUACUGGUACAGGCAGUCAACGCCUGCGUGGAGGCCGGCGAGUUCGAGAAGGCGCAGGCGUGGAUCACGAGGAUGCGAGAGGCUGGCCUGCCCCUGGCCGCGGCGUACCGGCGCGUGAUCGUCGGCCACGUCGAGAGGGGCAGGGCGGGCGUCGAGAGGGUGCUGGACAGGAUGCAGGAGGAGGUGCACCCCAAAGACAUCAUCUCGUUCGUGGAAGUGACCUUAGCCUGCGUGCAUGCAGGUCGGACGGAUCUUGUGAAUUAUUGGUACGAGAGGAUGAUUGGUGACGGCAUCAAACCUACCGCGAAUUUCUUCUUGGACGUUAUGCUCGCGUUCGUCCAACAUCGUCGCCCAUCUGACGCCAGGCUCUGGUUUGAGACGAUGGUGACAGAGGAAGUGCGUCCCACAACUGCUCACUACAACUGCAUGAUCGCCGCAUGCGCGGAGUCAGGCGACAUGGAAGCUGCUUUCAAGUGGUUCGACAGGAUUCGAGAAGAUGGCCUCCAGCCAGAACCACAGUCGUUUACACAUAUUAUUCACGCCCUGUCUCAAAACAAAUGCGUGCAGGAAGCGUCCGAGUGGCUCGAUCGGAUGGAGGCGGCCGGCUUGGAGCCGACGCUAGGCGCCUACGCUGGCAUCAUCAACGCCUACGCCCAGGCUGGCCAGCCCGAAGAGGCCUCCCAGUGGAUCCACAAAGCGGAGUCUCAGGGUGUUGAGCUUGACGCUGUGAUGUACAACAUCCUGAUAAAUGCCUGGGCAGAGGUCGGUAACCUGGACGAGGCCCUGAUCGUGCUCGACAAACAGAGGCGUAGAGGGGUGGACUUGAGCAUCUACACGUACAAUUCCAUCAUGAAAGCUUACGUUACCGCAGGGAAGGUUGAGGAUGCUGCAGCGUUGCUCCACAACAUGUCAUCGGAAGCUGGCGUUCGCCCCAACAGCCUCUCCUACAAUACGGUGAUCCACGGUUUCGCCAAAGCUGGAGACGUCAAGAGGGUGAAACAGUUGACUAAUAGGAUGCGAGCAGCUGGAGUUGAGCCCGACGCAAUGUUUUACGGCAGCGUCGGCACAAUUCUGUGGAAGGCUGGCAAGAAGCGCGACGUUGCCCAAUUGGUGGAGCUGAUGGGAAUCCCCGAAGAAGUAGGAGGCAAGUUCAGCUUCAGAGGCCCGUUCCGACCUAACCGGUAUGCUAGUCAGAUUGCAGUGCAAGCUUAUCAAGAAUUUUUCCGCAUAGAAGAGCUCAGGAGUUGGCUGGGCUACAUUCGAGACAAUUGGGACGAGCAAAAGCCUGAACAUAUUCUCCAGUGGGGCCCACUGAUUCGCGGUUGCUCAGUAGCAGGAUGGCCAGACUUGGCGAACGAAUGGAAUACUCGUAUGCUCGCGGACGGCUUCGAACCGAAGGGUAAGUUGGCCAAGACGAUCCAGAACGCAUUGGUGACGGCGCAGACCAGGGCGCGGCGUUCUGACCUUGCACAGUUGUCCAUGGAAUCUGUUUUGUCUCAAGGGCUUGAAAUUGAUGCGACCACCUGCAACACGUUGAUGGGACUCUUGAUCGAGAAAGGAGAGUACACUAAUGCGAUUUAUUGGUUCAACCGCACACGCGACAAAGGGCUCCGGCAAGACGUGCGCAAUUACAACCAAGUUAUUUUAUGUUGCAGGCGAAUCGGCAUGCCCGAGGAGGCCGCCAUGUGGCUUGACGAGAUGGUAGCUGACGGAGUUCAGCCCGAUAUCAUAUCAUUCACGACCCUCAUGUCUGCUUACGUGGACGCUGGCAGACCUUCAGAUGAGGUGGUGGCCUUGCUGCGACGCAUGGAGACGCUUGGAGUAAAGAGUGACGAGACUGCCCCAUACGACAUUGCCAUACAGGCUCUGAGCGAGGAGGGCAGGAUUGACGACGCCGUCGAGAUCCUGGAAGUCCUGGAGGAGAGAGACCGGGCCCCGAACUCUGUGAGCUACGGGCGGAUCACGAGCGCCUGCGCCAAAGCUGACCGCGUCAACGAAGCUCUUGCCUGGCUCAACCAGAUGGAGGAGGGCGAGGCGAACCCGAAUCCGAUUGCGUACAACGACAUCAUCGUGGCGUGCGGGCGCCAGCCCGAGGCAGCGAGGCAAAGGAUGAAGACGAUGGCAGCCGACUUGGUGAGGCGCAUGGUCGGGUUGGAGCUCACCCCCAACCCCAACGCGGUGGCAUCCCUCCAACAGAUCCUGGGCCCCGAGGAGUUCGACACGAUCGCCGAGGAGCUUGAUCUGUCGAGGCGCGCCGACGACCUCCGCCGGCUCGGCGACCCGCGGCGGCGGCCCGCCGAGCCCCCGCCGCCCGCCGGCGGCCGGGGCCCC